UCCCCCCCUCAAGAGGGGUGACCCGGCCCGGCAGCGCGGCGAACCCCCGGCGCCGAAGCUGAAGGAGAAGGGUAAAAAUAAGCGCAGCCGCGGCCCACGUGCCGCCCGCGGGAGCCAAGGAGGGAAGGGGCCAUACCUCCAAACAUGUGCGGCGAGAGGUGAGCUGGUAAGGAGCCGAUCACCAGGCGUGGGCCGCCGGGACCCCCACCCGCCGGCCGGUCCCUGCCGCCGCCGCCGUCCUCGGGGCUGCUGUGAACCGAGUCCUGGGAGCCGUACGGGCCGCUGCUGCUGUUGGGGAUGCUGAAGGUGGACUGCGCCGCGCGGGCCCCCGCCGCCACGGUCCCCACGGCCCCGCCUAGGGAGCGGCUGCGUGGGGCCGCCGAGGCCGCCGCGGCGCCACCAGAGGCGCUGGGCUGGUGCGCGCCGGGCACCUGAGCCGGAAACCUCCCGGCGGCCGCGGCUCGCGCCCCGCCGCCCGCGGUCCCGUUGGCCCCUCCGCUGCUGCUGGAAGGUAAAUCCGAGCCCGAGUACGCGCGGGUGCGGCCGUUAGCAGCGGCCGGGCCGCUCUGCUUGGCGCCCAUGUCCGCCCUGUCCCGGGCCGGGCCCGCGCGCAGCGCCCGGAGCACCGGGAGGGGGGGGGAGCGAGCGCGUGAGCGAGAGGGCAGGGUCGAGGCGCAGAGGCCGGCGCAGACAGAAGCCCGCACGUCCAGGGCCGCAGCCCGGCGCCCCGAGGGGCGGUCUGCGCCCGGCGCGCUCUUCUCGGGGUUGGCGGGCGAGACCUGCUGCCUGACACGGGGCGCGGGAGACGAGGAGAGACGGAGAGGAAGGAGGUCCCGGCUCCCGUGGGCGCCGCUCCCUGGCUCCGGCGGGAGGGGCGGCUCAGGUGGCUGCGCGGCUGCCGCUGCUUUCGGUUCUAGUGCGCCGCGACGGGCCGCUGCCGCUCUCUGCAGCCGUCGCGCUCUGCGCCGAGAGCCUCGGCACCGCCUCCUCCCGGGCGGCCGCCGCUACCGCCGCCAUCCUCCUGCUCCCACGGCGGCUCGCGGGUGCCUUGGUGUGGUAGGUGCUGCCACCCGCGGAAUCGGUGAUGGACAGGUCGCUGGCCCCGCCCUCUCAUGCAGGGCGCGCGCCCCCUCUCCAGCGCAGGGCCUACGCCGAUUGGAGGGACCGAGCCCCUCGGAGCGCCAACCAGAAGGCGGCCCCUCCUGCCGCACGUGGCCCUCGGACGCCGGACCUGACCGUGGGUCUACUUCUGCUUUUUCCAGCCGGGGCUGGGAAUGGCUCGGUCCUGUGUCCCGAGUCAUUUAGUUUGGGUGCGUGUCAACUUCCUCCUUGGUGUUACUCCGAGUGUGUCGUUUAAAUAAAACAGAAGCUCACCAAUGCUGAUGAUAAAAGACUGAAAACAAAAGAAAGAACCGAGGAGGCAUAAGCCAACUUGAUCUGAAUUAGAUCUAUCCCAUUUAAACACUCUGAGUGUGGAGAAAGCACAGAGUUGAUAGAACUAAGGAUAAUCCAGCCUGAUCUUCAGUUGUAGGGCAAAAACUGUGGCGCAGAGAAAGCACCCGAUUCAGGAGACCUGGGGUCUAGGUCUGGGACCAAAACUAAGUUACGUGUAAUAAGCAAAUUAUUUUACCUUUUUGAACUUUAGUUUCCUUACCUGGGAUCUUGGUAUCAAAUCUCGAGGGUACCUGCUGUUUUAAAAUCCGGUAAUUUCUCUAAAAUGGCAAUUAAUAAAAUUCUCACUCCA